AUGGCUGAACUCGAAGCAAUCAACUAUCGUGUUUAUCGUGCACGAUGGUUUCAACUAUUCAUAUUUGUUUUAGCAACAUUUACCAAUGCUAUACACAACAUGACAUUUGCUCCAAUACAAUCUCAAACAUCAACGUUCUAUGAUCUCACAACUCUUCAGGUCAAUGUAUUAGCAAUCGUCUUUCAGUUUCUUUACGUUGUUGGCACAAUUUUAUCAUUCUGGUUAUAUCGUGUACUCUCUGUACGUACGGUUAUUCUCAUUGGGAGUUUGUUAAAUCUCGGUACAUUUAUUCGCCUGUUUUCGUUAAUUUCGCCAUCCAAUGGUUAUCCUGCAUUAAUUAUCGGUCAAAUAUUUCCUGCAAUUGCUACACCCUUAUUUAUCAAUAUUACUCCUUUAUUUGCUGCACGGUGGUUUCCACCUAAACAACGCGAUGUAGCUACAGCUAUUUCUUCCAUGUCAAAUCCAUUAGGCUUGGCAGUUGGAUCACUUUUACCGUCAUUAAUUGUAUCGAAUGGAUAUACAUCAAUAGAUUUUUUCAUUCUUUUAAUCGUUGAAGCUGGUUUCAGUGCCUUAGUAGCAUUAAUCGUUAUAUUCUUAUUUCGAUCGGAGCCGCCCACGCCACCAUCGUCAUCCGUAGAACAUCAUACCAAGAUCAAUCUUCGAACAGAUGUUAUCAAUCUGUUGAAGAAUCGUCAUUAUUUAAUACUUCUCUUUAGUUUUUCCCUUGGUUUAGCGCUUUUCAGUGCACUCGUCGCAUUGCUCUAUCAAAUUAUUCAACCAGUUGGAUAUACAAGUGAUGAUGCCGGAAUCUUCGGUGCGGUAAUUAUUCUCUCUGGGUUAACCAGCGCAUUCUUAGUUGGGAUCAUCAUGGACCGAACACACGCUUACCGUUUCAUAUUGAAAGCUUUAUUAAUCGGUGCAUGUGCGUCGAGUCUCUACUUUGUUUUGAUCCUUCAACCGAAUCAAUAUUACCCUUUAGCUGUCUCUAUCGGUUUAAUGGGUUUCUUUUUACUUCCAUUGUUACCUGUUGCAUUUGAAUGUGCUGUCGAAUGUACAUAUCCGAUUUCUGCUGAAUGGUCAACUGGCAUGUUGAUGUGUCUAGGGAAUAUUUUUGGCGGAGUAUUUAUUUUCGUUCUCGAUGCUUUACUUAAAUUAGAUCCUCUGUCGACCUCACCACUGGUCUUCACACCCACCUCGGUGUUUAUCCUGUGCUGUUGUGUCAUUAGUGCGGUGGUGUUACUGACUUAUCGAGGACCGUACCUGAGACUUGAAGACGAACGUCGACUUGCAUCUACAAUAAAUACCUAA